CCGUCUGUUUCUCCUAUUUUUUCAAAGUUGAAGAAACAAACUCACCGAUUGACUCCAUCACCAAUAAUCAUCUCUCUCUCGGAAAUGAGUCGUGCAAAAAUAUUGAUCCUAAUUUUAACAAUUUCAACAGCUAUUACCGAAAGAGCUGGAUGCAAGAAGGAAUCGGAAUCACCGCAGUACACAGUAGUCCACUCAGAAUCCGAUUUUGAGGUGAGAUUCUACAGAGAAUCAGCUUGGAUGACUGCUCCAUCUGAUGAUAUUUCCUUCGAAAAAGCCACCAAGAAAGGCUUCCACAGAUUGUUUCAGUAUACAGAAGGUGCAAACUUGAACUUUUCUAGGCUACCAAUAACCUACCCGAUCCUCACGAGCAUAGUCCCAGAUGCCGGCCCCCUUCACUCAUCGGCCUACUUUGUGAAGCUCUACCUCCCCACGGAGUUUGAGGCCGACCCUCCCCUUCCCCUGCCCGAACUCAACCUCCAGCCUGACUGGUGGAGGAGCCGCUGCAUUGCUGUGAGGGAAUUUUCAGGGUUCGCGAGGGAUACCAACAUCGUGAAGGAGGCCGAGAAGCUGGCUCUGAGUUUGAGCAGGUCCGAGUGGGCUAACUCGACUUCUGCGGAGAGUGGCUACGCGUACUCUAUCGCACAGUAUAGUUCUCAUUUUAAGAUAUUUUCGCGCGUUAAUGAAGUCUGGGUGGAUGUUGGCGGAUCCGAGUCGAAUGGAUGCAGAUCGAGCCUCGUGGCAGCAUACUGAUGCAACAGCCUUGUAUAUACUGAACGUCGGGGUAGUCGCUGCACAGGGAUGAUGUUCGUCUCGGUCACGAGUUCGCCUAAUAUUCCAUGAUCAGUUUCCGCAAAUUCUUGAUGUAAAUUAUGAGUUUGUCUUCUGCUAUGAUAUCUAAAUGUGGAUAAACCUACAUUGUGUUGUGUCUUGAUUCACAUGUUACUACAUUUGAUUUGUA